AAUCCUACCUUUCUGUGUGGGGCCGGAAGUUGUGAGGAGCCGGCGAGAUUUGGUACUAGAAGGACAUUUGGGGUUGAAAGAUACUGGCAUUAGCAACGUGGGAUAAGUUUGAAGAUCUUCUGUCAAAACUAUGAAAGCGAUAGAAAAGCAGUCGGACAAUAUUGACAGUUGAGGGUUUUUUUUCAGGCAGCGGAACGGGUGCUGAAUUUCUGUUGUACUGACUAGACGCGUGGUACUCAUCUCUCUGUAGAAAUCGGUCCGGUGCAUACACUUGUGCGGUAUUGCGGGGAUUUGUCCCAAGAGUCGUUUUACUUCAGAAUAUUGUAGGCUGGGCAGGCCUCUCCCACUUUUGUGCUAAAUGGGUAACGUGUUCGCUGCCAGCUCCCCACCUCCACAGUCUGCUGUGGUGGGACCUAGCUCGGGGCUGGUUUCUGUACCACCUGGAUUCUCCAUGCCACCAGUUAGUGGACUAAUAAAUGCAUCCAACAAGGAAGCAGCAGAUCAAGAAGACAAGUUACCAAACCCUGGCACAUUUGAGGAAUGUCAUAGAAAGUGUAAAGAGGUCUUCCCUGUGCAAAUGGAGGGUGUAAAGUUAACGGUCAACAAAGGCAUCAGCAGUUACUUCCAGGUGAAUCACACGGUAGCUCUCAGUACAGUCGGAGACUCUAAUUAUCAUUUUGGCGCCACCUAUGUUGGAACAAAGCAGAUUAGCCCUACAGAGACAUUCCCAGUGAUGGUUGGCGAUAUGGACAAUAAUGGAAGCCUGAAUGCCCAAGUGAUUCAUCAGCUAACAGACAGAGUUAGAUCAAAAGUUGCAUUCCAGACCCAGCAGUCUAAAUUUAUGAACUGGCAAGCAGAUGCAGAGUACAGAGGAGAUAAUUACACAGCUGCUCUGACGUUGGGGAAUCCCGAUAUCUUUGUAGACUCAGGUAUCAUUGUGGCACACUAUCUGCAGAGCAUCACUCCAAGCCUGGCACUGGGAGGGGAGCUGGUAUAUCAUCGCAGGCCAGGAGAAGAAGGCACUGUUAUGUCUUUGGCUGGCAAAUACACAGCCAAAGACUGGAUUGCAACGGUGACAUUAGGACAAGCUGGAGCUCAUGCUUCAUACUACCAUAAAGCAAGUGAACAGAUGCAGUUAGGGGUGGAGUUUGAAGCAAACACACGGAUGCAGGACACAACUUUCUCAUUUGGUUACCAGCUUGACCUGCCAAAAGCAAACCUUCUGUUUAAGGGUUCUGUGGAUAGUAACUGGAUUGUUGGUGCCACACUUGAAAAAAAACUUGUCCCGAUGCCUCUGACUUUAGCCAUGGGUGCUUUCAUUAACCACAGGAAAAACAAAUUCUCCUGUGGAUUUGGCCUUACUGUUGGCUGAACUUUCAGAAAAAUCUGAUUUUUUGGACGGUUUCUUGUGAUUUUUUUUUUUAUGGAAUUUGUUGGAACAGUUUGAAAUGCUGUCAGGGUGGCAGAUCACUUUUGACAGUAACUAAUGCCUCGAGUCAGUUUGGAUUGAUUGUCUGGAUUUUCUUUCUGUGCUUUGGUUCUCUGCUAUCAUGUCCCUUUAAACUGACAACCUUGGCAUUCCCAGGUAGGUUUCCAUUUGCUGGUAUGGUUAUUGAGCCAAACUGAUGUCACAUGUCAGUGGUUGUGUAGUAAGGCUGUGUGCUGCUGACUGAGCUGAUAAACUUGAAUAUCCUUGGAACAGCUCCUUUAUUUCUUUUCCAUUCUUAGCAUCUGUCUCUCAAUUUUAAUUUCCUGUCCACUGACCGUCAUUGCACCACAGCUUUUUGUGGAGCUUUGUUACAGUGGUUAUUCUGUACUGUCUGUUCCAUUCCUGUUUAGCCUACUCCUUCAUACUAUGUAUGAAGUUGCUGAUUCAGGAAGACCCGUACUUCAUGAGAUCUAUUCAAAUGCUGAUUUUGGGUCAGUACUAAUGCUUUAUCUGUCCCUUUGUUGCAUCCUUUGCUUUUUCUUUCUCAAGCAGCUAUGAAUAGUCCUUGUGACAUUUGCUGUACCACUGGUUUGAGCCAUAUAUUUUGAGGUUCUAUCACCCUCUCUAUGAAGUAUUUCUUCAGGUUUAGCGUGAUCUGUCCAUUUUCCUGCUAUCUGCCAGAUUUCCUGUCUUUCUCAUUCCUCUUCAUGUCAGUCUGCCGCUUGUCAUAACCAAUGCAGUGCAUGCGGUUAGUCUCUCUUCAUACCCAGACACUUUCAUUCCUGUUGCUGUUCGGUGACUGCACAUUUACUGAUUUGCCUUCCUUUAUGAAGAAUUGUACAUGGUUCCCCAGAUGUAGAGUUUUUAGUGCUCUCUUGAAGAGGAAUGAUGACCUCAACAUAUGUGGAGUCUACUUCCUGUGACAUGCAUCCCAUCUUUUUUGUCUGCUACUACUACUAAUGCUGUCUAACUCAUGUCAGUGUUGAAAUGAUGACAGGCAUGAUUUACUCAGGAUUCCCACAGUCCACAGUAAAUCCCAUCUGUGCACAGAGUGCAAACUGCUGCAGGUUUGUGUGUAUCUCAGUCAUCUUAUGUCUGCAUGUAAUCUGAUCUUGCUGUUCAUCACUACAGUGAUAACUAACAGAUGUAUCUUAGACUCACACCUUCGUCUAUUAAACAAGACUAGUUUCUGCACUGAGCUAUGUUGCAUAGACCCACACAUUGGUUUCAGCCAGACAGCCACUUGAUGGCAUGUUUUUGGACUUCAUAUUUCUUAAUUUUUCUAAGAAAAAAAAACUGUUGUGUGGUAAGGUCUCAGAGGCAUUGCUGACAUUAGAAGUACCGCAACUGUAGGGUCCCUCUUGUCCAUCACACUGACUUAUUCACAGAACCAAAUCUGCAUUAGUUGGACUGCAAGGCCUCUGCUUUUUUUAUAGCUCUGUUUCUCAAGAUAAUUAGUUUUCAAAAUCUCUUCAAUCUGCCAUGCAGAAGCUUUACUGUAACGUUCUUGGAAUGGAAGUUAGGUUAGCAGGCCUGUAAUUAACUUGAGUCCCUCUACUCCUUCGACACAUCCUUACCCCUUACCCCAGUCUUGCGGCUGUUUCACAUACUGAAAGGCUGUCAUGUGUUGCUAUUAGUUUAUUGAGCACACCUGCCAGCUCUUAACUUCUGGGAGACGGCUCAUCCCGACUGGUCUUAACUUCUUAUAGUGUUCUGUUCCUUCUCUGUUCUAUAGUUGUUGUUUCCCCUCUGUCACCAUCCAUAAACAGCUCUUCCCUCUGAUGAUAAAGCUUUGCCGUACCUGUCCUAUGUAAAUACAGAUGUGAAGAGCUAGUUCUAGAAUUUUGCCUGGAAUGCAGCAUUUUGGAACUUCAGUCUCUACUUUGUGUAAAUUGUUGUGAUUACUCUGCCUACAUUCUCGAGAAUGUGUUAAUUGUAUUCCCUAGCCCACUUAGCACCAUCCCCACCAUAUCUUCCUGCAGUACUUUUCUUAUUCUGCUAGAUAAUUUUAUUUUGUUUUUUUUCCCCAGUCUUCACAGACCUUUUUCUUUCCCAUGCUAUCAUAUUUUUCACCUUCCAUCCACCCAUAUAAGCAUAUUUUUCAUCUUUCCUUAGUUCUUCCAGUUUGUAGUGCAAGUAUCGCUCUUCCUCUUUAGUCAGACUUGUUAACUUUCUUCCUCCGCUUUUUUUUCCCUGGUACAGGAUUUUUUCUUCUCCUUCACUCUCUUCUUAAUGCAUUUGUACAUUGGCACCAUAUUCAUUUCAAGUCACCUUUUUGUGCUUUUAUCUUGAAGGACAAGAAACUGCUCUUUUCUAUCCCUAAUCUGUGAGUUUUUCCUUUGUCCAAUCACCCCUCUAGGGAUGAAGGGGAAAAAACACUUGAUCGCUGUUGUGCAGAUUCUCUUACCUCCGCUACCAUUAGGAAUAGGUGAAGGCUCUUAGCUUUCCUGCUUUGCAAAUCUUGUGUGUGUGUAAGUUUGGUCUUCAUGUAAUUUGCUCUUUUUUCCCCUUCUUUCUUGCAGAUAAUAUGGACACUGCACUGCUGGAAAAUUGAUUCCCACUGAAUAGUUCUCAUACUUUUUUUCUUAAUUACUAAUCGUGCUCGUUUCUGAGCCUGUAGUUAUCCCUUUCUGCAUUUGGUAGUUGUUGGCCCUUCCUUCCCUUCUUAUUUGAAAAAGCAGUUAAUCUUUAGUUUUGAUUUUACAGUGCCUUUUUAACCACCCAAAUGCAUAUUACUAGCCCAUAAUUGCCCCGUACAGCUCAUGUCCCCUUGUAUAGGGUCCAAGCCCAAGUAACAGCAUAUUCCAUCCUCUAACCCAUUUGAUGCCCUUCAAGAGUGUAGUGUCUGUCCCAGAGUAUAAUGGGUUGUGUUGGCAUUGUAAUUUUGUUAACUUCCCAUUUUUCUGGCUCUUACUGAGUAUGAGGUACUGCAGUUCACUGUAGCCGAUAUGAAGAGACUGAGGCAGUGGAGGUGAAACAUUUGGAAAGACUUCCUGUUUGUUCUUUUUGUAUUGGCAACAUGACCCUCCACAUAACUGUUCAUAUUUGGUAAGUGGCUUAUCUGAAAAGAAUUGCUAAGCUUAGUUUGUUCUUGAAAUCAGUGAUGUGUAAAAUUAGGCAAUGGCUAAAAUUCCGUAAUAUCUCUGCGAGCUGUGUUUGUUGAUUACACCUUAAGUACUACAGCCUGAGCAUUGUAAAAUGUUUCAUAUUUGGUAGCUAUCUGAAAUUUGUCUCCAUCUUGUAUGUUGGUUUGGUUGAUGUAGUAAGAUUGAAUUUGCUUCUUUUAUCUGCUUCCCACCCUUUUGUGUGACAUCUUUGAACAGGCUUUAUUUUGUUAUGACUUCAUACUGUGCUCUGACUGAUUUCAGUGUUGUGUAGCUCUUAGACAUUGCAUUUUUCUUUUGUUGUACAUGUCAUUCCCUGUGCCGUUAUCCAUGCACCUUCUGGUGAUGUCCUGAUUUUUAUGCCCUUCCUUUGAUUGUCGUGUGCUUUCAUGGUUUCCUUUUCUCCUUUUAAAAUUGCAGUAUUGAUAAGUUGCUGCUGUGUGUCUCAACCAGCAGAUGGCAGAACAUCCUCACAGUGAUAUGCUGUGUAUGUUUAAAAGGUUCAUGGCCUUUACAUGUGUUCAAAACCUUUACAUUUUAGUAAUGAAAAUUGACAAAGCUCAUUCCCAAAAAAACGUUUAACUUCAUUUGGAGUGUCUUUAUCAGUUCUUGCAGUUGGACUGGAGAAUAUUUUAUUUUGCUGCUGUGUGCUCAGAGUCAAAAUGAGUACCUCUUCUGUAAGAUGAAGCUAUACUGUAGCCCAUUUGUACAUUUGUUUUGAAUGUGCAUCUAGGAGAUCCUGCUUCUUGCAGAAAAUUAUUUGACUUCUGAACAAAAAUAAUUAUGUCAAGAGGACUUGUUGUUUCCCCCCCAAGAAACAAUGCAGUUAAAAGUAUGUGUAUCUGGUCAUUCUUUGUUUAUGCUAGGAAGUAGAGUUGUUUCUGGAAUUAUGCUUUAAAGAUAUCUGAUGUUAUUAAGGGUAGUACACUUAAUGUUUUCCUUGGAUGGAGUUUAGAAAAGAUCAUAUGUACUUUUUUUGCCCCACCCCUCAUGCCUGCCAGUCACCAUACCCUGUUGGUCAGUCAGCCCAUAUCUCUCAACAGAAGAUGCAAAGGUCAGCUAAGAGGGGCCAUCAGGGGUGGUUUGAGAUUUUUUUUCUUCCUUAGUGAUUGCCCAGUGACAGGCCGUAAGUGGAGCAUUAUUGCAACCCCCCCCCCCCCCCCCCCCCCCCACAACACGCUCUCUUCUGCCGUGGAGUGACAUCAGCAGGACUAAUUGCCCACUUUUUUUUAAACCUGGUUUGUCUACCAGGGAAAGCAACUCACACAACUGUGUCCCUGGGUAUGCAGUCCUCUAGGGCACUCCCAUCUUUCAUUUCUGUACUGUCAAGCAUCUAAACCUCCACUUGAACUCUGGUCACUUAGACUGUAGUUAAGGUUUUAUCCCUCUAUGCUACUGUUGCAGGAUAGAAAAAGUAUGUGUGUUUGAAGCUGACAAUUUAAUUUAAUGAAAUGAGUUUAUCUAGUCCUUAACUGAGUUGAUGCAAAAGACCCAUUUCUGCCAUAACUCAUCACCAAGUUGUACUGCGAUGUUUUGCUGCUUUUUAUUGGAGGUCUUGAUGUACAGAGGGAAAUAGCUGGUAGAAAAAAAAUGCUGAUGAUUCACUGCAGUCCUCCAGCAUGUGUUUUUCAAUUCCUCCUUUUGGGAAAAAGUGUUACUACUUAACAACUUGACUAUACUGUUGUAUACCAGAUUCCUCACGUUGUUGAUCUGGUGUACCAUUUGUUAAAUAAGAAACAAGUCUUGAGUAAUGGGUUCUUAUCUGUAAUGGCUUUUUUGCAUGGCCACAUGGUUAAAGUUUGUCUUGCUGGUUUUUAGUCUGAUUACUUCUCAGGUAGCAUUCUGCUAUACAAAAAUGAUGUCUAAUGUUUCUGUCCUUCAAGAUAUUUGACGUACCAGCUGAUAAAUAUCCAGCUUAAAAACUUUAGUGUUUUUUUAUUAAGUUAUAUUAUAAACAGAGUUGUUUUAUUCUUUACAUAAUUUCCUAAAUUUUAUUAAAAUUAUGGUUAAAGCUAAAGGUAUUUUUAGAUGUAAAUUGUUGCAAUGAUGGGUACUGAACAACUAUGUAAAUAUGAAAAAUAUGUUUAUUUCUCACUUUCUGUAUAAUACACAGGUGUAAAAUAAAUAAUAGAAAAUGCUUGUGUUUUUUUGUAUUAAUAAAAUUGUGAUACAUUUUGGAAACUUAA